AUGGAGGAUACAGCUACAGAAAAAUCAUUUGAUGGGUGCGAUGAGCCGUGUAACUCUGUCUGUUCUUCUCUUUAUCAAGAAAUGAGCGAUAAAUAUUAUGCUCUUGAAUCGGUGGUGGCUAGUCUUUCUAAAAAAAUUAAUGAUCUCGAUCUUCACAAGAAAAUUGAAGAUCUUCAGAAUCAACUAAAUACCACUACUCUAAAUCAAAAUUUAAGUAUUAGCGAUUGCAAUAAUAAAGUUUUUGAUGUUAUUGCAAAAAUUGAAGGAAUUAAUGAAAUAAAACGUGAAAUUGAUGGAAAGAUUACAAAGUGGAGUGAGAUUAUGGCUAAGAAUAUUCCGACACUUCCUUCAACUAUCUACAAACAUUGCGAAAAUAAAUUAGACAAAAUUUCUGACACCCAAAGUUGUUGUGAUCAGAAUUGUAAGAAUUCCAACGGUUUGUGUAACAACGGCAAUGGAGUCGUUAAAAUUCGACCGGGAGGGAAUUCUGCCGUUUAUCGAAGUUCUACACAAAUUGACAAAGAAAAUCGUUCUGUGAUGGUUUUCGCUGAAAACAAAAAUAUGGGUGCUAAUAUUCCAGCUGACAUUCCAGAUAAUGUUUAUGUUACUUUUUAUUGUGAAAUGACCGUUUUAAUUGAUGAAGAUGAUGGAAAUAGGUAG